GGGAGAUCACUGAGCAGCAAGUGACAGUUGGCUACAAGAUCCGAUUGACCCUGCGUGAUGCCACUGACGAGGCCCCUUUCAUUAUUUUCGGCCCAUGUGGGAACAAUUUGGUGCUCACAUCUGCCCAACUGCUGGCCCAGAGAUAUCCUCACAGGUCUGGCCAGUUGUCGCCUGAACUUGAGGCUUUGCUCGGCCAGUUUGUCAGGUUUGAGGUCAAGCUUCCGAUGGUUGGGUCAAGUGGAGUAUCUACGGGUGAAUUCCGUGUUUUCCGAGUUAUGCCCCGUGAUGUUCAGGGCCCAGUGCUUGGUCUUACAGGAGUUCCAGAUGUCACAGGCAGUGUUUCUUCGUCCCAAACCCUAAGUCAGUCCUAUUCUGGUCAGGAAGGAAUGUUGAUGUUGCCUGCUCUAGGUGUACCUUUCGCAGCUUCAGCUUUUGCUGCCAUACCAUCUAGCUCAUCCAAAG